UUAUUGCACUGAAAUUCCUCUCUAAAAAUUGAGGCUGUUCAUCAGUGAUCCAUGAAUUCAACGAAAAGUACAAAGUUUAUUAAAAGCUUUUCCGUCUUGGGCGAUACCCUGCAAUAAUUAGUGUUGAUAUAACAAUGUGUCUCGGUGACAUCUCAAAGUCACGCGCCUUUAUAUUAGAUACUUUGUUAUUUUGGAAUCUAUGUACCGUGAGUGAAAUUAGUAGUUGAUGUGAUGUGUAACUAGGAAUCAAAUUAAAAAGUGUUAGUUUGGGUUAAGACAUGAUGAAUUGAAAAAGUGAUGCUAGUAUAUAUAGCAUAGCUUUAAUCAACGGAAGAGGUCAUCGCCCAUCUAUCCUAUCUAAUUUAAUUUUAAAGACGACAUUCAAGUAUCCAGAAGUGGGCUGCUACGUUCGAAUGCGAGACCGGAAAAGACUUUGAUCUCGCAUCUCUUGAAGCGUGCACUUGAAGAGCGCAGGACGAUGCUGGCGACCGUGGUGCAGCCCUUGAGGGGUGCUGCUGCCAGUGGCAGUAAGCCGCCUAGGAUCGUUCCCUCGUCUGCUCCCGGUAAGGGUUGGCAGGGAGCAGACAAGGGCGAGAUGGAGCAGACUCGCAGAGGUCUGGCUUCCAGCGGCCGCAAGUUCCUGUUGCUGCUCUGGAAGAAUUGGCUGCUGCAGCGCCGCAAUGUUAAGCAAACAUUUGGGGAGCUGGUGCUGCCUAUUGUGUUCUGCGUGGUGCUUGUGGUGAUACGAGGCCUCGCGCCCUCAGACGUAUACCCUCAGCCUACCCUCUUCCCUACAUUCUCCCUUGACAAAUUACCGGACGACCUCAAGCCCCCCACAUCGGCCGGGUUCUUCGAUGGCGCAUUGAAGUCCGUCUUUGGGACGACAUCUCGACAACGGCGAUCCUUACGUCCGCUCGAUGAGCCUGACUCGCGCCUUCGCCGCGUCAAGCGUCAGUCCCUCGUGGACAACUUGUUGGGGAUCUUCGGUUCCAGUGACUUGUACUGGCCCGUUGCCUACACUCCUAACGACACGGGAUGUGAGACCAUCAUGAGGCUGGCGUCCGACAGACUGUAUCCUGACAUUGAUGUGUACGGGUUUGCGUCUGAGGCGGAGAUGGUGAAGCAGCUGACGGCGCUGGCGCUGCCCCACAACACCAGCGUGCCCACAGGGACGCUGACAGGGGACGACUACCUCGCAGGUAUCGUCUUCAUGCCCGAGUGCCCCAACCCUGAGCAAGUCCCUGCCAGUAUUGAAUACAAGAUAAGGAUGAAAGGAUCGCUAAGGAGCGGCAAGAAGCACAUGCCGUUUGCCCCGCCGCCGCAGUGGCUGACGGAGCUCGUGUACCCGCUCUUCCAGGUGCCUGGACCGCGGGAGCGAAACUCCAGUCACGGACCCAUGCCGGGCUACUACGACGAAGGCUACCUGCCCCUGCAACACGCCAUUGACAUGUCCAUCGCAGAGCUGUACUCGGGGGGCCAGCGCCCCCCUGCCGUGCAGGUGGAGAUGGGACGGAUGCCGUACCCCCCCUACACGGAUGAUAAAUACCUGGUGGCUCUGCAGGCGUGGCUGCCUCUCAUCCUCUUACUUUCUUACCUAUAUCCCGCCACCAACAUUGUCAAAAAUAUCGUCCAUGAAAAGGAGAAAAAACUCAAGGAGUCCAUGAAGAUGAUGGGUCUACCGAACUACCUGCACUGGGCGGCGUGGUUUGUCAAGAGCUUCAUAUUCCUGCUCAUCACGACGCUGCUCAUCACCAUUCUGCUCUGCACCAAAUGGCAAGGCAGUGGAAGUCUGGCGGUUCUCCACAAGAGCGACCCGUCGCUGGUGCUGGCCUUCCUCUGCGUCUACCUCGUCACCGUGAUCAGCUUCUGCUUCCUGCUCUCCACGCUCUUCUCCAGAGCGAACAUAGCGGCGACAGUGACAGGAUUGCUGUGGAUUUUCGCCUAUCUUCCUAACGAGUUCCUACGGCCACGCUACGGCUACAUCAACGCCCCCUGCAAGCUGGUGCUGUGCUUCUUCUUCAAGAUCGCCCUCGGCUACGGCUGCCAGCUCAUGUCCAUGUUUGAGGGCACGGGUGCGGGUGCCCAGUGGCAUCUCCUGUUCGAGGGCGUAUCUCCUGACGACCCUCUGACCCUCGGACACGUCAUGCUCGUCAUGAUGCUGGACGCCGUCGUGUACGCGUUGCUCGCUUGGUACAUCGAGGCUGUCUUCCCUGGCGAGUUCGGGGUGCCGCAGCCCUGGAACUUCCCCUUCCUGAGAUCCUACUGGUUGGGGGCGGAUGUCCCGUCGAUGGUGCCGCCGCCCAGCGCCCGAGCCGAGGAUUUACCGGACCCUGAUUUCUUCGAGCCUGAUCCUGUGGGACAGCAGAUAGGAAUCAGGAUCAAGGGACUCACCAAGGUGUUCAAGCGCGGCAACAAAGUUGCGGUCAACAAGAUGAACUUGAACAUGUACAACAACCAGAUGACCGUCCUGCUGGGGCACAACGGGGCCGGCAAGACCACCACCAUGUCCAUGCUAACUGGUCUGUUCCCGCCGAGCAGCGGGACUGCGGUGGUGAACGGCUACGACAUCGUCAAGGAGAUGGCAGAGGUGCGGCGCUCCAUAGGCAUCUGUCCCCAGCACGACGUGCUCUUCGACGAGCUCACCGUCAGCGAACACAUACAGUUCUUCUCCAUUCUAAAAGGUCUUCCACGGGCGGAUGUCGAAGCCGAGGUUCAGUCCAUCGUCACCGCACUUAAACUCAAAGAUAAAGUACACGCGCAGUCGUACACGCUGUCUGGGGGCAUGAAGCGCAAGUUGUCGGUGGGCAUCGCACUGUGCGCGGGCAGCAAGGUCGUCAUCCUAGACGAGCCUACGAGUGGCAUGGACCCUGGGGCACGGCGCCUCAUAUGGGACCUCCUCCAGAAGGCCAAACAAGGCCGCACUUUAUUGCUGACAACGCACUUCAUGGAGGAGGCCGACCUGCUGGGGGACCGCAUCGCCAUCAUGGCGCUCGGUGUGGUCCAGUGCUGCGGGUCUUCCAUGUUCCUUAAGAAGAGAUAUGGUAGCGGGUAUCAUUUGGUGCUGGUGAAGCAAGAGUCGUGCGACGUGGCCGCCGUCACGGCCACCAUCCAGAAGUACAUCAAAGACGCGCGCGUUGACCAGAACCACGGCGCCGAACUUUCUUACGUUCUGCCCAACGAAGAUGUCGCUAAGUUCGAGCAACUUUUCAAUGAGCUCGAGCAACGGCGUGAAGAACUCAAAGUUUCAAGCUAUGGAGCUAGCCAAACUACCAUGGAUGAGGUUUUCUUGAGGGUUGGGGAGAACGCUGAACAACGUGAACAGCUUCGUCAGUACAGCGCAGAGGCCGCAGCAACCAACCGCCCCACUGCCUCCUCAGCCAAGCCUCACCAUUUCAACGACGCCUCGUCUUCCCCGCUCUCCUCAAUCAACGGGGCAAUUUUAAACGCAGAAACUCAAGAUAAAAGCCAACUCAACGGAGCUAUUUUGAAUGCAGCGUCUGAACCUGGUCGAGCCCGUGGCAAGCAGCACGCGAGAACGGGUUCAUCCGUGUCCGUUAACAGCAUGAAAAUGCAGCUCAUGCGCGAGAUCGAGGAGCAAGCGGCCCGCGACAUCGCCAUGAAGCCCGAAAAAGGGCUUCUGCUUCAGCCCCAGCCCACUGAUGACUUUGAGGAAGCAUAUGAGGCUUCGGACACUCGUGCUGGUGGGCGAGCCUCGGCAAGCGCAACGGUUUUGCAGAAAGUUCUGGCGGCCGCUGCGAGCGCCUCGAGCGUCACGGGCGCGUCAGACAAGAGGAGACGACGCGUGCCACUGCGACGUAAUGCUGGACUACGUCUGCUGCUGCAGCACUUCUGGGCCAUGCUUGUGAAGAAGACCUUAUAUGUUGUCAGGAACAGGGUUAUCUCCGUCAUACAGAUGAUGAUCCCCGUGGUGUUCCUGAUCCUGGCCAUCCUGAUCAUCCGCACGCUGCCCGGGGCCAUCGACAGCCCCCCUCCUCUCAGGGCGUCGCUCCAGACACAGAUAAGGUAUGUCACCAUACGCACCAUCAACCAUCCUCUGCCACGCACUGAUACAGAUAAGCUGACGCAAGACUCGCGCCAGAACUUGGGUUUCAACAUCGGCUUCAACCUGGCGUUCAGUUUAUCCUUCCUCUCAGGCUCGCUGGUCAUGUUCCUCAUCAGGGAGAGAAGCAGUAACGCGAAGCACCUGCAGUUCGUGAGCGGCGUUAACUUCGUCACGUAUUGGCUGGCUACGGCCAUCGUCGACUUCUGUAUCUACCUCGUCCCUUACGUCCUCAUCGUCGUGUGUCUCAAGGUAUUCAACGAAGAAGGCAUGCGGGAGCCCAGUCAGCUUGGGCUGAUCUUCCUGGUGCUGGUGCUGUACUCGUGGGCGAUGGCUCCUCUCAUGUACCUCGCGUCCUUCUUCUUCACGGUGCCUUCGUCAGGCUUCACAAGGAUGAGCAUCCUUAACGUCUUCAUUGGCAUGGCGACUCUGAUCACGGUGACGAUGCUCCGUAUCCCGGACUUGGAACUGAAACACGUCGCCGACAUUCUUGAGUGGGUCUUCCUGCUCCUGCCUCCGUACGCCCUGGCGUCCGCACUCACGGAUCUCUACGCCAACUUCCGCUCCCGGCAAAUCUGUGACUGGGAACCCAUCGAACUGUCGUGCAGCUUCGGCAGCGUUUUCGCCAACCCCUGCUGCAAGAACAACGGAAACUGCGGUGACUUCGGCUGCGUGGAGUGGCAGAAGGACAUGGUUGCGUGGGACAAACUCGGCAUCGGACGAAUGCUCUUCUUCCUCACCAUCGAAGGAUUCAUCUUCUAUACACUGAUUGCUCUAGUGGAACUCAAGGUUUUCCAGUCGGCUCAGUAUUUUAUGGCCAAAAUGAAACGGAAGAUUAUCAAUGGAAACUCAACAUUCGCGUAUUCCGGGUCGUCAACAGGUUUGCGCGGUCGAGACACGGAGCUGGAGGAAGACGUACGCAAGGAAGCGACGCGCAUUCAAACCGCCCCCACCGACGCCUUGUUCAAGAGCGACAUUCUGGUCUUCAAAGACCUGACGAAGCGGUACAGCAAUAGCCACUUGGCCGUAGACCGCCUCAACUUAGGCGUGCCCCCCGGCGAAUGUUUCGGUCUGCUGGGCAUCAACGGUGCCGGCAAGACGACCACAUUCAAGAUGUUGACAGGCGAUAUCACCGUCACAUCUGGCGACGCUUAUGUCAACGGCUACAGUGUCACCAGCCAAAUAAAGAAGGUGCAGCAAGAUGUCGGCUACUGCCCGCAGUUCGACGCUAUGCUCGACCAGAUGACAGGCCGGGAAACUCUGCGGAUGUUCGCUCGGCUGCGCGGUGUUCCCGAGCGCUGCAUAGACGAGCAAAUAACUGACCUGGCGCAGCAGCUCAUCGUCUCUCCGCACCUCGACAACCUCGUCGGUAACUACAGCGGAGGGAACAAGCGCAAGAUCAGCACGGGCAUCGCGCUCAUAGGAGAGCCUCCUCUCAUCCUGCUGGACGAGCCCACGUCAGGCAUGGAUCCUGUAGCUCGUCGUCACCUCUGGGACGUCCUUAACUCCGCCAGGGACGCCGGCAAAUGCCUAGCGUCGUCCUCACACAGCAUGGAGGAAUGCGAGGCGCUGUGCACCAGACUCGCCAUUAUGACCCACGGCAAGUUCAGGUGUCUGGGGUCUCCACAACACCUCAAGAACAAGUUCUCAGAGGGCUACUCCCUCAUCGUCAGGGUUGCGGUGGCCGGUAACCAGGAAAGCGACCACAUGGAGCUCGAUCAUCUGCCGCCAGAGAUGCUCAAACUGCAGAGAUUCAUCCUUGAGAAAUUCCCAGACUGCGAGGUUCGGGAGGUGCAGUGGGGGAGGCUAGAAUAUUUCAUCGGGAAGGCAGGGGUGACGUGGGCCGACGUCUUCGGGACGAUGGAGCGCAGCAAGACGAUGCUCGACGUCGUCGACUACAGCGUCACGCAGACCACGCUCGAGAGGGUUUUCUUGAAUUUCACGCGAGCUCCGGGAGUGACGGAACUACUUUAAAUUUAUUUCCAACUUUCGCGGCCAGAUUUUCAACAAAUAUAA